AUGUUCAAAAGCGGCCAAACGAAUCCUUACGAUGAGCUUGUCGUCAAGGCCACCGAUGAGAACCUUACAGGCGAGAACUGGGAGAUUAUAAUAACACUGUGCGACAAAGUAGCGGAUGAAGGCGAAGCAGGCGCUCGCAACGUCGUCGCCGCACUGCUCAAGAGGCUAACGCACCGCACGCCCAAUGUCCAACUCUACUCUCUCUCGCUCUCAGAGUCACUCUCCAAGAAUUGCGGCGUCCAGCUUCACCGCGAGCUUGCAUCCCGCGCGUUCACGCAGGCUCUGGAGAAGCUCAUCACCGAUCGGAUGACGCACGACAAGGUCAAGAAGCGCGCGUUGAUGCUCAUCGCGAUGUGGACAGCCGACUUUGAGAGCGAUCCGUCGCUAGGCGUCAUGGAGGAGUGUUACAACAAUCUCAAAGCGAAGAACUACAAGUUCGAAGCACCCGAUGAACCACCUCCGCCCGCCGUGGACGAUGAAGUCCGUCGGCGCGAGGAAGAAGAACUGCAGCGCGUCCUCGAGAUGUCCAUGCACGACAAGGGUGGUCGCGGGCAGUACGCCGCGUACGACGCCGGUGGUGCGGGAAGUUCUUCAGCUGCAGGAAGCUCCAGUGUGCCUGCACCCGGGUACACUCCGGCAACGACCUCGUCGAGCGCAGCGGGUCAAUCGGCGUAUGCUGGCGGAUACACCCCCGCAGCCCCUGCAGCCGCACGAUCGCCCUCGCCCAAAGCGCAGCCGCAGGCAGCAGUGUCCACAGCAUCCUUCCCAACGACAUCCACCACCACGACAUCUCCAUCCGCGACCCAGCAACAGCCCCCCGCCGCAGGAGCACCCUCCGGCUCUGUCGUCUCCCGCGUGCGUGCGCUGUACACGUUCGAAGCCACCGAGCCUGGCGAGCUCCCGUUCGACAAGGGCGACAUCAUCAAGGUCGUCGACCGCGGGUACAAGGACUGGUGGCGCGGCCAGUUCAAGGGCCGCACGGGCAUCUUUCCCGUCAACUACGUUGAGGCGAUGCCGGAGCCGACGCCCGUGGAGCUCGCGCGGGAGGCGGAGCAGGAGGCGGCGGUGUUUUCGCAGGCGGCGAAUGUGGAUCGCUUGUUGACGAUGCUGAGGGGGAUGGAUCCGGCGAGCGAUAAUUUGGCGGAUAAUGAGGAGGUGCAGGAGUUGUAUCGGUCUUGCAUGUCGCUGAGGCCGAAGAUUGUCAAGCUGAUUGAUAAGUAUAGUCAGAAGAGAGCCGACUUGAUCUCGAUGAACGAAAGCUUCGUCAGGGCACGGACAAUAUUCGAUCAGAUGAUGGAAGAGUCGCUCGCCCGGCACUCAGCCAGUGAGUCUUUCGUAUGA